AUGGAACAGCAAACAUUAUCAAUAUCUAAAAUUGGUAUUAUAUGUAAAUUAAAUACUCGUACAUCAAUAUUAGCUGCAGCUAAUCCAAUUGAUUCACAAUGGAAUAAAUCUAAAACAAUUAUUGAAAAUAUUCAAUUAUCACCAACAUUAUUAUCACGUUUUGAUUUAAUUUUUCUUUUACUUGAUCCACAAAAUGAAAUAUAUGAUAGACGAUUAGCACAACAUUUAGCUUCGUGGUAUCAAUAUGAAAAAGGAAAUGAAAAUGCUCAUGAAGCUAUGGAUAUUGAUUUACUUCGAGAUUAUAUAUCUCAUGCACGUACAUUUGUUAAUCCACAAUUAACUGAAUUAGCAGGCAAACUUCUUGUUAGUUCAUAUGUUGAAAUACGAAAAGUUGGUAAUAGUAAAGAACAAAUAUCAGCAUGUCCAAGACAACUUGAAUCAUUAAUUCGUUUGGCUGAAGCACAUGCAAAAGUUCGUCUUUCAGAUAAAGUUGAAGAAUUUGAUGUUAAAGAAGCUAAACGACUUUAUUGUAAAGCAUUAAUUAAUGCUGGUGAACGUCGUCUUCUUGCUGAUCUUGCACAAAUAGUUAAACAUUAUCUUAAAAAACGUAAAUUAACAGAGAAGAAAGGAUUAAUUAAAAUACAUACAUUAUUUAAUGAAAUUGAUAAACGAAUUAAUGAACUUAUAAAACGUGAUGAAAUAUCUGCAUUAAUAGACCACAUCUAUGAAUUGAUUGAUGAAAUCGAAGAAAAUAUUGAAAUCGUAACACAUAAAGAACCCGAAGAUGAAGAUAUUGAAGCAUUAAAAUAUACGUUAAAGCAAAUUAAAUGUGGUUUGGAAAAUUACCUAACUCGUGUUGAUACAAUUUUGGAUGAAAAAUUAUCAUACUUAAAUAAUGAUGAUGAUGGACAUAAUGAAGAAGAAGAUUAUGAAGAAGAUGAUGAAGUAAAUAUUAAUACGAUAAUGAAUGAUCCACUAGCUCAACUUCAUCGAAUAAUUAAUAGUCUUGUUGUACAAGGUAUAAUAAGUGAUCCAGCUCAAGAAAGUAUAACACGUAAUAUGUUUGAUGAUGCUAUUCGUGCAUUAGAAGAAAAACAAUUUCUUAUUGAAACUAAUCAUACGAUUCAAACUCUUACAUCAGACAUCAUUGAUAUGAUCGACGAUGCAUUUUUUUCAGAUUUACGUAAAUGGAUUGAACAAGUAGAAACUGUAAGAUAA